CUCAAAGUUAAUGAUCAACUUGAGGAUUUUCAUUUGAAGAAGGGAAUGUUUGGAUUUAGAGCAGCACAAGCAUGCUUCAAAACACGAUCUCCUGGUAUGUUUAUAAUUUGUGUAUUUAUAAUUUUAAUGUUAAUAUUUAUGUUCAACUCUUGUACUUCAACCAAUAUUCAUAAAAUACUAUGUUUGUCUUCAUGUAGAACGUUGGUGGGCUCAGUUUGGAGAUGAUGUUCCUGAAUUGAAAGCUUUUGCAGUUAAAGUUCUUAGCCUAACGUGUUCGGCUUCUGCAUGCGAGCGUAAUUGGAGCAUCUUCAAUCAAAUUCAUACAAAGAGAAGAAAUCGAUUGGCGGCAGAUCGAAUGAACAAACUAGUUUAUGUUAUGUUUAACAAAAAAUUAAAAGAUAGAUAUCUCAAAUUGCAGAAUCAAGGAAAUAUUGAGAAUGAAAUUGACCCUUUGCUUGUUGAUGAGUUACAAUCUGAUGAUGAAUGGGUUACUCCUAAGAAUGCUGAUGUUUUUGAAGUUGAAGCAGAAGGAGAAACUCAUGUCAAUGAAGAAGACAAUGAAGCAACUACCCAAGUAUAUAAAAGAAAGAAACCAAGUGAGAUUGAAGCUUCGAAAAAAAUCAAAGGAGAUAAAGGAAAAAAUAUUAUAGAUGAAGAAGAGUUUGAGGAUGACUUUGACAUUAAUUAUGAAGAUUCUGAAGACAAUCAAAGUGAUGAUGAGCCUGCUUUGGGUCUUGAUCCCAAGGGAAUGUUUUAUUUUUAAGUGAGUUUAUUUUAUAUCUUGUAUUCCAGUAAUAUUUUCCUGAAACAAAUCUUCAAAUUCAUAGUUGACAUAAUAUUUUGUUAUUUUUUGUCAUUAUUUAUAGUUUUAAAUUAAUUUAUUUUAUUCAUUUUGAGGCUUACACCUCGAUCCGCCUCGAGGCUUACGCC